AUGGAACCUAAGCAAAAUGAGUUUCCACCCGGAGGACAGAAUGUACUUUCAGAUAAUGAAGGAGAUCCAACCAAGGAAUCUGAGGUAUCUUCAAAAUCUGGAUCACCUGCUUGGGGUAACUUUACGAAAAUAGAGAGUGGUGAUAAGGAUAAAUGUCAUAAUUGCAACAAAGUGGUUAGUAUAAAGAGUAAAUCUGGUACUUCUACUAGUACUAUGUUGAAGCAUAUGAGGAGAUGCAAGAAACUAAUCCAGAGCUUGAUGUUGAAGUAG